AUGAGCUCUCGUGCCGCCCGUCUCGUCCAGCUCCGUGCCAAACACCACGAUCAUCCGAGUUGUUGGAAGUGUAAAAAGGAUGUUAAGGACCCGAUAAUUUGUCAGAAAUGCAAUGUGAUUCAACCGGUGACCAGCGGCCAGGACUAUUUCAAUUAUAUGGGUGUGAAAUUCGAUUUUCGGCUUGAUCAAGAGGAAUUGAAGCAGAAAUUCCGUCAACUGCAAUCGAAACUGCAUCCGGAUAAAUUUAUGAUGGCGACUCCAGAAGAGCGGAAAUUAUCAGAAGAGCAUUCCAGAAGACUAAAUGAGGCAUAUAAGCAGCUGGCGGAUCCAUUUAAACGAGCCAAAUACCUGAUAAAAAAAGAAUAUGGAGAGGAGAAUGUGGAGAAAAUCGAGAAUUCGGAGAUUUUGAUGGAAAUGUUGGAGAGAAAUGAGGAGAUUGAUGGAAUGAGUGGAGAGCAGGAGUUGAGAAGCGAGAAGGAGCGAAUUGAGAAAGAAAUCGACGAUCAACUGGAAAAAUUGGCCGGAUUCUUCGAGAAAAAACAAAUUCCAGAAGCGAGAGAUGUGAUUGGACGACUCACCUAUUUGUACUCUCUCAAAAAUACUGUUAACACCAAAUUAGGACUUAAUUAG